AGGCAAAGGAGGAGAGCGCAGCAGCAGCAGCAACAGCAGAUCCAGCAGCAGCAGCAACAGCAGAUCCAGCAGCAGCAGCAGCAGCAGAAGGCGAGGCAGCAGAACCGGACGCUGCAGCAGCUUAUCUCGAGGCCCUACGUAGCCAAGCUGCAGCACGGCGGCACCAGUUUCUGCUGGACUUUGCCCAGCAGCAGCAGCAGCAGCAGCAGCAGGAAAGUCAGCGUUCAGCAGCAGCAGCUGCUGCUGCACCUCUGCCACUCUCCCUUCUGCGCCCAAGCGCCCCCGGGGCCCCCCUAGGGGCCCCUUCAGGGGCCCCCAAGGGGGCCCCCCUUGGGGGGCCCCUGGGGGCCCCCAAGGGGGCCCCCAAGGGGGCCCCCAAGGGGGUCCUAGAUGCAAAGAAUAUAACUGUGGCGCUGCUUGCUGCGCAUCUGCAGCAGCAACCCGAAAGGGUACUGACCCUGGCCAAGGCGCUGCUGGAGGGGCCCCCGGGGGGCCCCCAAGUGACCCUGGGGUCCAGCUUGAGUGAAGAGGAGGCGGAGUUCUUGAGUGAUGAGUUGAAUUGCCUGCACAGACUGAGACUCAGCAGCAGAGUUGCGCUGCAGCAGCAGCAGCAGCAGCAGCAGCAGCAGCAGCAGCAGCAGUGGAGGGCGCCGCCGGUCGUCGCUGUGCUCGGCCAUGUCGACCACGGCAAAACGACGCUCUUGGACGCCCUGCGCAAGUCGAGCGUGGCGUCCACUGAAGCCGGGGGCAUCACCCAAGCACAGCAGCAGCAGCAGCAGCAGCAGCAGCAGCAGCAGCAGCAGCAGCAGCAGCAGGUGACGUGCGUGGACACGCCUGGGCACGCAGCCUUCGCGACGAUGCGGCGGCGGGGAGCAGCAGCAACGGACAUUGCGCUGCUGGUGGUUGCUGGAGAUGAAGGAGUAAAACUUCAAACUUUGGAAAGUUUGAAAUUAAUAAAAGACAAAAACAUUCUUUUCAUUGUUGUCGUCACCAAGAUGGACAGGCCCGGCGCCAGCGUCGAACGGGUGAAGAAGCAGCUCGGGGCUCUGGGCGUUGUGAGCUACGAAGACGGCGGCGACGUUCCGUUUGUGGGCGUGAGUGCCAAAACUGGAGAAGGGCUGGAGGACUUGGGCGCGGCCAUUUCGCUGCUGGCGGGGACUUUGGACCAUUUGCUGCUGCCGGGCCCGCCGCCCUGGGGGGCCCCCGGGGGCCCCCCGGGGGGCCUCGUGCUGGACUCUGUAGUGGACCCUCGCCGGGGCCGUCUUCUCCGCGUCAUUGUCCGUUCGGGGUACUUCAGAGAAGGUUCUUGGGUGGCUGUGGGGCCCCACUUUGCCCGCAUUAAGCGCCUUUACAAGCCCCCGCAGCCGGGGGGCCCCCCGGGGGGCCCCCCCGGGGAGGCCCUGCGGGUGGCCGUUGCAGGAAUGAAUGAGGCGGUGGAGAUCGGAGGACUGGGGGAGUUGGAGGCUUCUGCGGGGCAGCUGGUGAUGCAGACAAAGACGCAGCAGCAGGCAGCAAAGCUUGCUGCUAUGGCGCAGCGGGCCUUGCAGGCGCGGUCCCUGCAGAAGCAGCAGGAGGGAGAAGCGCUGGAGGACACGGUGUGGCGGCCGGAGCAGCUGCGGCACUCGGGCAGCAGCGCGCUGCCCGAAGUGGCGCUGGUGGUCAAAGCAGCAGACCAGGGCAGUCUGGAGGCAGUGGUCCACUGGUUAGCAGCAAAGAACCAGUGGACCAGGCAGCAGCCGGCGCUUCCUGCUGCAGUGCAGCAAGCGCUGGCCCGGGCCGCAGCAGCAGCAGCAGCCCCAGCAGCAGCAGCAGCAGCAGCCGCCCCAGCAGCAGCAGCGGCGGCGCAGGCGGGGGGGGCCCCGGGCAGCAGCAAAGAAGCGCUGCAGCAGCAGCUGCUGCAGCAGCAGCAGCUGCUGCUGCAGCAGUGGAGGCCCCUCAGAGUGGUCAAGUCCGGUGUGGGGCCCGUCAGCCCCUCAGACGCCAACUACGCCAAACUCACGGGGGCCAUCUUGAUAGCCUUUGGCGUCCCUCUCCUUGAAGGCGUUGGCCAGCUGGUGGAGGAGUGGGGCGUGCCUUUGCGGAGCCACAGCGUGGUGUACCGGCUGUUUGAGGACUUGGAGUUGGUUUUGGAUUUUCACUUCGGCAGCAAAUUUGUGCUGCAGCAAACAGCUCGUGCUGCAGUGACCCGCGUGGGGUUUUACUCUUUGAAGAAGCAAAGGGGGGGCCCCCAACUGGUUUUGGGCCUCGAGGUCAAACAGGGGGCCCCCAGCACUCGCCACCUUUACUCUGUGGUGCGUUUGUGGGCUGCGGUGUACGUACACCCCACGCCCGCGCCCGGGGUGUACGUACACCCCACGCCCGCGCCUGCGGUGUACGUACACCCCGGGCGCGCGCGUGGGUAUUCGAGACGGGAAGACUCUGGCGGAGGGGCUGAAGGUGAAGUCGAUGCAAAAAAGCAGAAAGAGGCGGUCUCGAGUUUGCCGAAAGGAAGCCGCGACGGCGCAGUCAUUUUCGACGGCGACUUUGAGGACUUUCGCGAAGGCGAUUUGUUGGUGGCUUUCGAAGAAAAAGAAAAAAAGCCGCCGGCCUUUUUGCCGCAGCACCACUUCAUGAAGACUUCUUAA